GGUGUGUUUCAACAUUAAGUUACGGUACGAUACUUCUUGUGUUGGUGGUGGUGUACGGCAGCCAUUAACGCGUCAGCAGGUGAGGCUGUCGGUUUGUUUUUCUCCGAAUGUUGUAGUUAAAUCGCAGUCUUCUGGAUAGGGUAGGAACAAUCAUGUCAGACUCGGAGAGCAAUUAUUCUGGGAGCAAUAGAGGCAGUGGCUCGGAGGACGAGGGCCAGAACCAUGCUAGCGAUGAUGAUCGCGCGUCAGUCAGAUCGAGAUCAAGAUCUCGCUCAAGAUCCCGAUCCAGAUCAGUUGGACGUUCUGCAUCCCGAUCCCCUUCCAGAUCAAGAUCUAGAAGCCGCUCCCGCUCAAGGUCUGGUUCUAGGUCGAGAAGUGGCUCUCCGGCUGGAUCAGAUGCUUCUGAUGUCAGACCCAUGAAGCGUAAAAGGAGACGUUCGGGCUCAGGAGAAGAAGAAGUUGAAGAUGAACAGGAACCAGAGGGGGAGGAUCUGGGCUCUGAUGAGUAUGAUGAAGAAGAAGAGGAUGACGAAGAAGAUGACCGCAGAAGAAGUAAGAAGAAGAAAAAUGACCGAUUUGGAGGUUUUAUUAUUGAUGAAGCCGAAGUAGACGAUGAAGUUGAGGAUGAAGAUGAAUGGGAAGAUGGGGCCCAAGAGAUUGGCAUUGUUGGUAAUGAAGUGGAUGAGUUGGGGCCAACUGCUCGGGAAAUUGAAGGCAAAAGAAGAGGAACUAACCUCUGGGACUCGCACAGGGAAGAUGAAAUCGAAGAAUACCUACGCAGAAAAUAUGCUGAUGAGUCUGUUCCCGCCCAUCAUUUUGGCGAUGGUGGAGAGGAGAUGUCUAAUGAAAUUACUCAGCAAACCCUUCUUCCUGGCGUCAAAGAUCCAAACUUAUGGAUGGUCAAGUGUAGGUUGGGCGAAGAAAAGGCCACAGCACUUCUCCUUAUGCGAAAGUGGAUCACCUACCAGUCCAGUAAUGAGCCCCUGCAGAUCAAAUCAGUUGUUGCUCCAGAGGGUGUGAAGGGCUAUAUUUAUAUUGAAGCCUACAAGCAGCCUCAUGUCAAGGCGGCCAUUACAAAUGUCAGCAACUUGCGUAUGGGCAUAUGGAAGCAGCAAAUGGUCCCCAUUAAGGAAAUGACUGAUGUAUUACGUGUAGCAAAGGAACAGACUGGUUUACGCUCCAAGCAGUGGGUCCGCCUCAAAAGAGGAAUCUACAGGGAUGAUAUUGCUCAAGUGGAUUAUGUUGACCUUGCUCAAAACCAAGUUCAUUUGAAACUUUUACCCCGCAUUGACUACACUCGCCUUAGGGGUGCCCUUCGUACUACUCAAAAUGACAAUGAUAAAAAGAAGAAGAAGAAGCGCCCAGCUGCAAAGCCCUUUGACCCGGAGGCCAUUCGUGCCAUUGGUGGCGAAGUUACUAGUGAUGGAGACUUCCUUAUUUUUGAAGGAAACCGUUAUUCCAGAAAAGGAUUUUUGUAUAAAAAUUUCAUCAUGAGUACUAUAGUAUCUGAAGGUGUGAAACCUACCCUUUCUGAAUUGGAGAAGUUCGAAGAGGCUCCGGAGGGUAUUGACAUUGAAGUACCUACUUCAGCAGCGGGGAAAGAUGACGCUGUCACCCACCAAUUUUCAGCGGGAGACUAUGUUGAAGUGUGCGAGGGAGAAUUGAUGCACUUGCAGGGAAAAAUUGUGUCUAUUGAUGGCAAUAUGAUUAUAGUGAUGCCUAAGCAUGAUGACCUGACAGAUCCACUAGAGUUCCAAGCUUCUGAAUUACGGAAGUUUUUCAGGCAGGGAGACCACGUUAAAGUGCUUGGUGGAAGAUAUGAAGGAGACACUGGUUUGAUUGUUCGUGUGGAAGAUAACAGAGUUGUUCUUUUCUCUGAUCUCACUAUGCAUGAGCUAGAAGUUUUACCUCGAGAUUUGCAACUCUGCUCGGACAGAGCUACAGGUGUGGAUAGCAUGGGCCAGUUCCAAUGGGGUGAUAUGGUUAUGCUUGAUGCUCAGACUGUGGGUGUAAUUGUUCGUUUGGAACGAGAAAACUUCCAUGUCCUUAGUAUGCAAGGGAAAGUUGUUGAAGCAAAGCCACAGGCAUUGCACAAGCGUAAGGAAGCUAGAUUUGCUGCAGCAUUAGACUCUGAGCAUAAUCCUAUCCAUCGGAAAGACAUUGUGAAAGUCAUUGAUGGACCUCACUCAGGACGGGAUGGCGAAAUCAAACACAUUUACCGUAACUUUGCCUUUUUGCACUCACGAACCUACCUGGACAAUGGUGGUAUUUUUGUGUGCAAAGCUAGGCAUCUGCUCUUGGCCGGAGGAAGCAAAAAUGUAUCUGCAAUGGGAGCAACUGGUAUGGGAUCCAGCAACUUUGGCGUCAUUAUGUCACCGCGCAUUUCCUCCCCCAUGCACCCUGGGGGAGGCCGAGGCGGACAGACUCCUUCGCGGUCUGGGGGUGGAGGGCGUGGUGGUGGCAGGGGCGGCCACAAUGUCAGGCGUGACAGAGAUAUCAUUGGAUCGACCAUCAAGAUCACUGGAGGCCCAUUCAAAGGCAAUGUUGGUAUGGUUAAAGAUGCAACUGAAGUCACAGCUCGAGUUGAGCUCCAUUCAUCUUGUCAAACAAUCUCUGUGGACCGCUCACAUAUUGCUGCUGUGGGUCAGCCCUCAAAGGAUGGAUCCUUCUCUACCUAUGCCCGUACUCCAUCCUAUGGAUCAGGGCAAACACCCAUGUACCGCGAGGGCAACAAAACUCCUCUCCAUGGGUCACAGACUCCUAUGUACGAAGUGGGCAACCGUACACCUCAUUACAGCAGUAUGACUCCCUCUCACGAUGGCUCUCGAACUCCUGGUCAAAGUGGAGCCUGGGAUCCCACAAUCACCAACACACCUGCACAUCGCGCUGGAGAUUUGGAUGCUUAUUCAUUAGAUGAAGCAUCACCCUCACCUGGUUACAAUCCGAACACUCCAAGCUACCAGGCUGGUGGACCUUACACUCCACAAACUCCAGGGACUAUGUAUGGUUCCGGAUCAGAGCAGUCAUACUCCCCGUCACCCUUCCAACCAUCACCUAGCCCAACAGGUUAUCAAGGGUCCGGCUCGACGUACGGGGCCACGCCCAGCCCUACCGGGUACACGCCGUCGCCGUCCGCGGCGGGCCCUUACGGCACGCCGUCGCCCAUCGGCGGCUACAGCCCCAUGACGCCGAGCGGCAGCGGCGCCGCCUCACCCUACGCGCCCUACACGCCCGGCGCCGCCGUGGACGCGCCGCCGCUGCAGGAGUGGUGCACCACGGACAUCGAGGUCCGCAUCCGCGACACGCACGACGACGCCGGCCUCUGCGGCCAGACCGGAGUCAUCAGAGGAAUAUCGGGAGGACAGUGUGCCGUCUUUUUACCGGACGAGGACCGCACGGUCAACAUUCUGCAGGAGCACCUGGAGCCGGUGGUGCCGCAGCAGGGUGACCAGGUCAAGGUGAUCCUGGGCGAGGACCGAGAGUCGAUGGGACAGUUGCUGUCCAUCGACAACCAGGAGGGAGUCGUGGAGCUGCACGCCGGAGAAGUCAAAAUGUUGCAGCUUCGGUAUCUAUGCCGUUUGGGCACUAGCCACUAGAACGUUUGUCUAUAAAUUUGUAGGCUUUAAAUAAUUGAGGAGUUUGGAGGUUGUGUUGUUCCGAUAUGUAUCAAUAUUUGAUUUGUUCUUGUAUGUAUCAAUAUAUAAAUUUGCUGACGAACAAACCUUUUUUUCUCAUGAGAAAAUGUAGCUAAGUGAGAAUAAAUAUUGUGUAGAUAACACUAUUUGUGGUUUUUUUUUUUAGAAUUCCUUUUAAACCUCAUGUAAAAAAACUAGUAGGGGAGGAAAUUUAAAAUUAAGAUAGAAGAAGUAUAAAAUAUGGAAUGCCUUUAUUUAAUUUUGAAUGCUUGGCUCUGUUUAUGUAAAAUAGAUUUACUGAUCACAAAAUCAAUGUACAUUCUCUGAUAUGUGUUGUCUCAUGAUUAAAACUUGACUUCAGGUCACAAUCUGAA